AUGGCCAAAGGGAGAAGAAGCCCAAUCCUGUUCUGUAACGAAUCUAAUGGAGGCAAUGAUAAUAACAACCGCCCUCAAGAUCAUCUAGCUACGAUUCCGGUUUCCCCGAAUGUAUCGCCUUCAUUUACACCGGUACCUAGUUCGAAAACUACAUCCUGCUCCGAUGCGGACAGAUGGCCGGCCUGGGAUCCGACCUUCUGGCCAACCACCGCCGCCAACGGCACGGCGCUGGGAGAAGCAGCAAACACACGCAAUCCUGCUGGUGCGCCAAGCGGUCUCCCAACUACGACGCCAGCGGCCGCGACUCCUACCACCACUGAUGAUGACGACGACGAGGCCCAUCCCUUGACAAGAGACCAGAAGAUUGUGCUGGGGACUGGGUUGGGCGUUGGCGGAGCCGCUCUCCUUGAUAUCAUCACUUUGUGGCAUAUGUGCAGAAGCGGGAGAUAA